AUGCCUUAUAAGAAAAAUGGAGAAACUAAAAUUGAAGCAAAGAGAGUAGAAGGAAAGUUAAGGAGCGAUAAUCCAAUACUUUGUGGAACGCCCACAACAAAUUUAAGUUUUUAUUAUUAUGAUGAUUACAAUGUUAGUGUUUUCCCUUUUUUAUUCAACAAUGACCAAGUAAAAAGGAUCGGAGUAGACUUUGAUAAAGCAAGAUACAAUCCUGAUGAUUAUUUUAAGCCAUUGGAUAUUGCCAUGGUGUUUAAUGAUGAAAAAAUACUUCGUUAUCACCCGGUAAUUGCUUUCAAAAAAACUGAUGAGAUAAUUAAACAUAUUGCCAAUUGUGUUGAGGGAGAAGAGAAUUACUAUUCUCGUUCUAAUCUUAAAAAAGGGCCAUUUAGAAUAAAAAAGAGGGACGGAUAUGAAAAUAGCAAUAACUGCGAAAAUUUUGUUAACAGGUGUGUUCUCGGACUUGAUUUUUCUGAAUUAGGAGAAAAGAAAGCAGAGGAAAAGAUACAAGGCUAUAAAAGAAAAACAGAAAUAAAUAUCUCCGAGCAUUUGAAUAAAACAAAAAGCGAGUUAGACAGAUUAGUUAAUAAUGUUCCUUGA